AUGAAAACGAGAUUUGACAACAUGAGAGCGGAGUUGGCAGCGAAGGCGGAUGGAUUUUCCAGACGAGCCAUGGUAGAGCGAGCAAAGGCAGGAUUAGUCAGUCUCGAUACCCGAUGGAACGAGCUUACACCAGAAAGACGCGGUGCAAUUGCUGGAGCUCUGAACACUGCCGCUGGAAAACUUUCAAGUUUCAAGGACAUUUCCGGUGAUCCUAUAACCGCGCUCAAAGGAGCGAUUGAGAUUGCAGCGACCUUUGCAAACAUAGCAGGGCCUCACGGGAUGGUGGUAGGCGUGGCGCUUAAUUUUAUUUCCGGAUUUCUUAGUCUUUUUGGUCUGGGUGGAGGGGCAGUCAGCCGUACACCUAUGCACCUGAUAGUUCGGCAGGAAAUUGAGAAAUGGUAUUCUGAACAUAUGACCAAUACGGCGCGAGGAGCCAUUGGUGAUUUUGAGACUUCUCAAGCAUUUUUAGAUGGGGUGAUUUCUGACUUGGGACCAGACCAAAAGCUAAACGAUUCGACAGCAAUCGCUCUCCAGAUCCACAUACCAGUCUACAGAAACAUUGCAUUCAUGGAAAAUCUCAAGGCGCAGAUUGAAGACAUGAAAGACGAGAAUAGAGACGAAGACGCUCAGAAAUGUUUGAAGUACAUCGAGCUGUGGGCGAGGAUGGCACUACUAAAGGAUAUCAUCUUGCAGAGGAUGGCGGCCAUUAUGCCUACUCAGUUCAAUCCAGCUUGCGAGAAAAGGCGCGAAAUUUGUUUAAAUUUCUUUGGGAGGCUGGGGUGGGAAGUAAAAUUAUUCCUUAUUUUGAUCCAGAUGAAAAGGGUGUGGUCGAUGAGUAUUUGUCCACAGUUUUAG